AUGCAUAUAUUCCCAUGUACCACCCCAAAUCAAUAUUUAUUUAAAGAGGUUGAGGUUGACGAUAAUAUAAUUUUAACCGACCCGCCCGCUACGGUCGAUACGUUAUUAUUACGAAGGUUACGGAUUCUAGCUGGUAUUGAGAAGUUUAAGAGUUGGUAUAGAUAUAGUAGUAAUACGGGCGUUCUCCCCCUACUAGGUACCCAACUGACUUUACUAUGGGCGAGGAGGACGAGGUAUUUAAGGACGUUAAAUUAUAGUAACGUUAUUAGAAUUCUCGCUUCUAUAGCGGGUAGUACUACUAUUAGCGGUCCUAUACUUCUGUACCCGUUUCUCUAUACUUAA